GAUACUGAGCACAAGUGACCCGAGGCUGAACACUUACUUACAGGGCGGAAUGCUUAAACCAGCUGAAGGUGGUCUUGUUAUUGGGUGCGUGUGUGUGCGUGUGCGUGUGUUAGGCUGAAUACCGGUUAUUGGAGUAACAAGGGCAUUGAUUCGCAAACCUUUAUGUUGUGAGGUCGUCAGGUUGAGGAGGCUUCACAUCAUGGCUCUAGUGGAUUAUCCAACUUUGGCUUCCUUUCUUUUUUUACCGACAGCCAUCAGUCUUCCUCACAGUCGACGUGUCUAGAACACUACUUUAGUAACUUGGCUACCAACUAUUUCAGAUACUGUCGGAGAAGUGUGAGGGUUGCGUUUUUAAACGGUGAAGAGGUAUUUGAGGUCAUGAGGAAGGUCUGCUGGAGCAUAGUGGAGUGUGCCUGCAGGAUCCUUGGUGUUUCUACAGCAACAGUGUUGUGCGCUGUGGGAGUGGAGACCCUGAAACAGGGAGACUUCAGCAGCCUCGGCAUCUACCUAGUGGUGUCAUCGGUUGGCAUCAUGAUGUUUGAGCUGGCCUAUUUCCUGGACAGACUUCUAGUCAUGUGUCUGCCCUGUCCUCCACACUGGCAGCUGUUUCUGUUGUGGGGGAAGAUGGCUCGCAUCGGAGGCUUCCAUAAAUUCCUCUAUUACUCCAUAAUGUCCGUGGUCUGCUUCUUGCACCCUGUGUUGGUGUGGCAUGCAGUCAUCCCAGGGACAAUGCUACUGGUGACGGCCUUUUUUAACUUCAUACUGAGCAAGAAAACAAAGCUUGAAUCCCCCAAAAGACCCCAAGAGAGCCACUGCGACCAUGGCCCGACCACCGUCUGCGUGGCAGAAGGCGCCUCCUCAAACGGCGCAGCCUCGUUCCUCCACAUGGCGGCGGGAAGGAGAGGGGGAGGACCGGGCCUCGCAGCCAGAGACCGCUGUCUCGGCCCGGGAGAGGGAGGAGAGAGCGUCCAAACCAUGCUGGAGCCGGAGCAGACGGCAGCACCUAAAGGCACAGACAGAGACAGGAGGAGACUGAAGGAGAGGAGACUGUUCUGCCUGAGAGGCAGGGAGGAGCCUGUGGAGAGGGAGAUGGAAGACAUGGACUGUUACUGUGAGCCAGAGGCAGACACCACCUCAGACACUGCGCCUAUGAUCACUGACUGAACGUCCCUCUGCGCUCAGCCUGAGCAUCCUGCUGAUAUCACACAAAGGAAAGCAGGCGAAAUGUGUUUAUACUGAGUGCAACUAGCCGGUGCUACACUGUGGUGGAUGUUUGUCUGCAAAUAAUAUUAACAAACGUUCAACUGAGUAUUCAGUAAUAAUUGACUGUAUAUCUCAAAUGAGUUUGUAGAUUAUCAGACUUUUUUUUAUUAAACAAUCUACUGAUUUGUCCAAUUUUCACUUCAAAAAGAUUUAUCUACUUAUAGAAAUUUAUAAAAUGUUGUGCGGUUUUCGCAAUACUUGGUCCUGAGAUGUAUCCCCUACACGAAAAAGUCAUUGGCUUUAAGACUUUAAGUGAGAACGCCGGCAUUGAUUUAGAGAGCAGACAUUAAUGCCAAUCCAAUCCAGUUACUGCUACAUGCAUUAUUCAUGAGGAAAUAAAUUAGAUUGAUUAUUUCAUUUGUUCACCAUCAGAUAGCAUGUGCACGACUGUGAGGCAUAAAGCCGGUGCAGGUGCAUGUGUUACUCACAUUCAAGCGUCCUCAUUGUGUGUUUGUCAAGUGCAAGCGGUGACCAUGGAAACGGAGCUCUGGGAGGAGCGCUCACGGUAUUAUGGUGAUGAGAAACCAUUUAGAUCACCCACCAGAGAGACACCAAACCAAAACAUGAUUGCGAAGCAGCUUUCAUGCGUUUAUAAUAUGUCAUAUGCUGAGCAUUGAUUAUAUGGAUGUGGUGUGUGAAUCAGACCCCAAAAAACAAUAAAUCACUCUGAAAUUA